GAAUUUUUCUAGAACGCAAUCACCCGUUGAAUCAUACACAUCGUGUCCCAGUGUUGAGUGAAUUUUUCCGUCGAAAUGGCACCCAAAACCAGUGGAAAAGCUGCGAAGAAGUCUGGCAAGGCCCAGAAAAAUAUUUCCAAGUCCGACAAGAAAAAGAAGCGCAAGACCCGCAAGGAAAGCUACGCUAUUUACAUCUACAAAGUGUUGAAGCAAGUCCACCCGGAUACUGGCAUCUCUUCGAAGGCCAUGAGCAUCAUGAACAGUUUCGUCAACGAUAUCUUCGAACGCAUUGCUGCUGAGGCAUCCCGCUUGGCGCACUACAACAAGCGUUCGACGAUCACGUCCCGCGAAAUCCAAACCGCUGUUCGUCUGCUGCUGCCUGGUGAGCUUGCCAAGCACGCCGUCUCCGAAGGAACAAAGGCUGUCACAAAGUACACCAGCUCGAAGUAAGCCACUGAAAUGAUUGGCUUCAUUCUCUCAAAUCGGUCCUUUUCAGGACCACAAACCGCAUUCAAACAAAGAAUUAUCCUUCGUUUCAUCUGCACCAGCGAAUUAGCGCUUUAAUUUCAGGGUGUCCGUCUUCGUCAACGUUAUUGUUCAGUUUGUUGCGUUUGCCUGUACUAAAUGGCAUUAUAUCCUAAGUUUGUUUGCGAACUAUGUCAUCCACAUCAUUGGAAACAAUGAUGCUGUGAUUGAUAUUAAAGUUCUGCGUUGUUCAUUGUAAAUAUUAAUGUUAAAUAGAACCUUAGCACGUUCAAAAAAAAAAACAUUAAAAAAAGUCCGCACUGGUUGGAAGCGUUUUGCGAGGUGAAAUUGUAAA